AAACAUCUCUUCUUUCUGUGCCUAUAUAGCGAGACACACGCUAUAUAGGCUGGUGUUAUCUAACCCCAAACGAGCAGUGCCUCUCAAUACGUCGCACUGCGCCGUUGUUAUCGAAGAAAGUGAAGAUUUCCUCCUAUAUGGAGGAUAUAUACUCUCCGUUAUUUACAGUGUGUGUGUGUGUGAGAGAGAGAGAGACUCUAUCCGUGUGUGCGUGUGUGUGCGUGCGUGUACACCAAGGGCGUGUGAGUAAUUAUAUGCAUAAUAUAUGUGUGCUCAAUCUGUCUAUGUGUUCUAUAUAAACUCGGCGGAUGGGGCUGCGUGGCCCUCUCCUGGGCGAGGUCGGCUUCUCCCGCCUAUUGUCUCAGGCAGCAGAGAGAAGUGGCGAUGGGAGAGGACGGCCGGGUUGGGCGCCUGUCCCCCGCUUCCAAUUAUAGAUGGAUCAUUACCGACAGAGCAGCACGGCGAGCCCAGGCACCCGCUCCUCCUCACAUGAAUGCGCUCCCCUCCUAGAGAACAGCCCGCCGCCAUGCUCUGGAAACUGGUCGAGAACGUCAAGUACGAGGACAUCUACGAGGACCGUCACGAUGGCGUCCCGGGGCACAGCUCGCGGCUCUCGCAGCUGGGCUCGGUCUCGCAGGGGCCCUACUCCAGCGCGCCGCCGCUCUCGCACACGCCCUCCUCGGACUUCCAGCCGCCCUACUUCCCGCCGCCCUACCAGCCGCUGCCCUACCACCAGAGCCAGGACCCCUACGCCCACGUCAACGACCCCUACGCCCUGAACCCGCUCCACCAGCCCCAGCAGCACCCGUGGGGCCAGCGGCAGCGGCAGGAGGUGGGCGCCGAGGCCGGCUCGCUCCUGCCCCAGCCCCGCGCCUCGCUGCCCCAGCUCUCCGGCCUGGACCCCCGGCGGGACUACCACGCCGCCGUCCGCCGCCCCGACGUCCUGCUCCACUCGGCCCACCACGGCCUGGACGGCAUGGGCGACGCGCUCUCCCUCCACGGCAUCGGACACCCGGGCAUGGAGGACGUGCAGUCAGUAGAAGAUGCCAACAACAGCGGCAUGAACUUGUUGGACCAGUCUGUCAUCAAAAAAGUUCCAGUUCCUCCAAAAUCUGUUACUUCCUUGAUGAUGAACAAAGAUGGCUUCCUCGGCGGCAUGUCCGUGAACACAGGCGAAGUGUUUUGUUCGGUGCCUGGGCGGCUGUCCUUGCUCAGUUCAACUUCUAAAUACAAAGUAACGGUCGGAGAAGUGCAGAGGCGCCUUUCUCCUCCAGAAUGUUUGAAUGCCUCACUCCUUGGAGGAGUACUUAGAAGAUCAUUCCACAAUCUAGGGGUGGCUGAAGAAAACGGCCUCUGGGUGACCGUUGCCAGCCUAGUCCUGACUGACUGGAGUAAACAUCCCCCAGAAGACCUAAGUGUACGGGGUGGAUUAUACGGGAGGAGGCAAUCCCGCAGAGCUAAAUCGAAAAACGGGGGCAGAUCGUUGAGAGAGAGGCUAGAAAAAAUUGGUCUGAAUUUACCAGCUGGCAGGCGCAAAGCGGCAAAUGUCACUUUACUCACCUCUUUGGUGGAAGGAGAAGCUGUACAUUUAGCCCGGGAUUUUGGAUACAUCUGUGAAACUGAGUUUCCAGCCAAAGCUGUUUCUGAGUACCUGAACAGACAGCAUACGGACCCCACUGAUCUCCACUCCAGGAAGAAUAUGCUGCUUGCCACAAAGCAACUUUGUAAAGAAUUUACCGAUCUCUUGGCCCAGGACAGGACACCCAUUGGCAAUAGCAGGCCCAGCCCCAUUUUGGAACCAGGCAUCCAGAGCUGCUUGACUCACUUCAGCCUCAUCACCCAUGGCUUUGGGUCUCCCGCCAUAUGCGCUGCCCUGACUGCUCUCCAGAACUACCUGACGGAAGCUCUCAAAGGCAUGGACAAGAUGUUCUUGAACAACAACUCUGCUAACAGGCACACUUCUGGAGAAGGACCAGGUAGUAAAACUGGAGACAAGGAAGAGAAGCACAGAAAAUGAAACAAAACAAAGCUAAUGAAAUUAGGGGAAAAAUAAAAUGAAAGAAAAAGCAGAGAGAAAGAGAGAGAGAGAAAGGAGGAGGAGGAGAGAAACAUUUUUAGAAACUUUUCAAUUUUAGGUUUAAAAUAUUGGAUUGGGCUUUGGAAGAAUUAUACUAGGUAGGUUACACCCACAAAUAUUUUUUUCAAGGAAAUCAAGGCAAAAGGCGCACAAUGGAGCAGGAACAGUGGCUCAGUGGCUUUUACAAAGGAACUUUUCAAGACAAUUUCCAGGAAUUUCCACUUCUGUUCUUCUGCAAUCUUUUUUUAUUGGGGUGGGAGGGCGGGAAAGAAAAAAAGCAUAAUAAUAAUAAUAGGUGUAAAAGCAAUCAAUAACUUAUUGGAGGAAUCAUUUUGAUAAUGUUAAUAUGAUGACUGAGAUCCAUAGUCUGUUUCUGUAUUACUGUUGUCUGGUUUUUUUGUUUUUAAAAAGUGUCUCUAAGUAGAAAAAGCAAAAACCUUCUAAGGGAUGGGUUUAUUUAACAUUGGACAGUCCGAAUCGGAGCAAACAUUCCUGCUUUAAAUUCUGCCAACCGUAGCCUCUUAAUUUGUGUGAUAUCCUGCCAUUAUCUGGGCCUUAUCAAUAAUCUGUGAUAUAGAUUUCUUGAGAAAAAUUAUCCUCUGCAACUACACAGAUCGCUAACAAGUUUAAACUCAGAAAGAGUGAAACUAAACCUGCAUCGAACACUCAGUGUCUCCUGUUAAAUCUAAGGCCCCUUCUACACUGUCAUAUAAUCCAGAUAAUCAAAGCAGAUAAUUAUUGUUUUCUGCUUUGAACUGGAUUAUAAGAGUCUACACUGCCAUAUAAUCUAGUUUAAAGCAGAUAAUCUCAAUUUUAUAUAGCUGUGUAGAAGGGGGCCUUAAUUCUCAUUGAUUUCCGGCAUCUGCUCCAAGCAUGACUAAAUACGUAUUUAAAGGAGUGACAAUAAGGCUAUAGUCUAAUUUACUUACAGCAUUAUUUAUAUAUAUGAAAAACAUUAGAAAAAUAUGCAAAAAAAGGAACAUGAGGAGAAGCUCCUGUUUGUGGGCCGAUCUUUUAAAAAUGCCUUUGUAUUUAGAUCAGAUAUUUUGAGGUAAAUUCCUUCUGCAGAGGAGAAAUAUUGUAUCACAAAUGGCCCUGUGCUCGAAAUUAGCAUGAUCUGUUUGUCAUUUCUGACAUACUAACAAUUCAUUCUGGGUACAGGACUUCUAAUGUAUACAUGGAGCUCUCCCAACUGCAAGGGGUUUCUUUACAUUACAGUAAGUCUGUAUAGCUGGAUCUACAUUGCUAUGCAAUUCAGAUGAUCAAAUCAGAUAAUCCACACAAUCCGCUUUGAACUGUAUAUGAGUCUACACUGCCAUAUUAUUAAGUUCAAAGCAGAUAAUCUGGAUUUUAUAUGCAGUGUAGAUGUGGCUGCAGUCUUACUUGUUGGGAUAGCUAAGGAUACCCUGAGGCUGGAUCUACACUGCCCCAUAUCCCAGGAUCUGAUCCCAGAUUUUCUGUUUAUCCCAGAGUAUCUGGCAGUAUAGACUUAUAUAAUCUAGUUCAAAGCAGAUAAUCUGGGAUCAAAUCCUGGGAUAUAGGGCAGUAUAAAUCCAGCCUGAGAAAUAAGCAAAAAUAUGGAAAUAUGUCUCUGAAUUAAACAAGAAAACCCACUUUUUAAUGAAUCUCCAUGUGUGCAUUAGAGUGUGGAUGGGGCUUUGAGAUGGAAAAUAAUGUGGUGAUACUGAAACUGGGUCUACACCGCCAUAAAAUCCAUAUUAUCAAAGCAGAUAACCCACAUUAUCUGCUUUAAACUGGAUUAUAUGGGUCUGCACGGCUAUAUAAUCCAGUUCAAAGCAGAUCAUUUGGAUUUCAUAUGGAGGUGCAGAUCCAGGCUGCUCAUUCCAACUCUGAAUAGACAUUUCCUCCUUUUCAAAUGUUUCAGUCUCUCUCUUUAGAAUGUCUCAGAUCACACACACAGUUUUCUUUUUAAAGAAGUGUCAGUUACAAAAAUGUCUUGAUAAGUUUGUAAUUUCCUUCUUAGGAUUAUGCACCCUUUUUAUUUUCUUUAGUUUCCCAAAGCUUUCCUCGCUUGGCUUAUGAGCUUCUUCAAAGAGGACUAGAACUCCCUACACAUUUCAUCAGGUACAGAGAUGAAAAUCCACAAUUCUGACAUUUUUCCUUUCCAAGUCAAAACCGGCUGUUUUGGAAUUCUGCAGGCGUACUUCUUUAAAGAAGCUCAAAGGGAAAAGAUUAAGCAAAGCAAUGGCAACGGAAUAGGUGGUCUCAUAUUGAGAGGCAAAGACUAUUUUCUCCAUUAGCUAGAAGAGUGUUGGGGGAGCGGGGCGGGCAAUAACAUUUGAUGUGCUUUGUCAAGCAGGCUUGUUAAGUGUCUUUCCUCUUUAGAGGCUGCAAAAAAAAAUGCCCUUGUGCAUCCUUUAGUUAGUAUCUCGUUUUAAGCAAAUCCGCUUUCCUCAGGUUAUUGAGGCAGUUCUGAAAAAAAUUGAUUUAGAAGUCAAACAGCAUGUUUUGGACAGGAGAAUCAGUCAGCUUCCAAUCAUUUGCAGAAAUUAAGUGCAUUACAGUAUGUUUUAUAUAUGAUGUUUAAAAUGUUUUAUCUUCUUGUUUGGAAUACUUAGAAAAACUGUGGUACCGUACAAGAAGAUAAUAUCACCCUGCAUGUUGUCAGCUUGGGAAAAACUGUUUACUUGACUAUGUCUGUAGAGUAUAGAAAGAUAAUUUCCCUUUCGUUAAGAAUUUAUGUUUAUGCAUCACUUCGGCCUCACAUAUUGAAUUCACUCUAAUAAAUGGGAGUAGAUCAUAAAUACAUUACAUGGCUGUAAUAAUUCUGGCAAAAGUUAAUUCUACUUAGGCCAGUGGUUAUCAUCCUGUGGGUCCCUCAAUGUUUUGGCUUUCAACUCCCAGGAAUCCUAACAGCUGGUAAACUGCUUGGGAUUUCUGGGAGUUGUAGGUCAAAACAUCUGGGGACCCACAGGUUGAGGACCACUGACUUAACAAAGUAGAUGGCUGGGAUGCCUGGAUCCAUCCAUUUUAUUGGAGUGAAUUAUUCAAUGUGGAAUUCUGUUUUCAAAUGCCAUUACAGUCUUUGCAAUUUUCAGUUAACAAAACCUUUGAUCAUUCAUACAUGGAGAGUACAGCAGUCAGUGUCACAUUGGAGCAACUUCACACAUCACAGAUGUUUGAUAGCUGUUAUCCAAUAUAGUUCCCUACUGAACUUUUAUACACCUCGGAAAAAACACAUUGUCUCAGCCUCAGAGGAGAGCAAAGGCAAACCCCCUCUGAACAAAUCUUGCUAAGAGAAUCCCAUGAUAGUAUCGUCUUAGGAUUCCCAUAAAUCAGAAAUGACUUGAAGGCAGGCACAACUACAACAAAGAUACACAAAUGCAAGUGUUUCAGAUAUUUUUAAUUUAAUUUACAGCCUGAUGACAUCUACCUUGUUCCAUAGAGUGCAAUGUCUAUUAUAUGUUUUGUCUUUACAAAACUGUUCCCUACGAUUUCACACUCACAAGAUGUACUUGAAAAUUAAGCCUGUAUUUUCACACUGAAUUAUUCUAUCAUGACUUGAACUGUAGAGCCAGACCAGGACUCCCUGUGAAAGUGAAAAACUGUGAAUAAAGAGAUCUCUAUUUACUUGUAUCUGAGAGAACAUCUCUCUAGGAAUUUCCUAGUCCUCCAGCAUGACUUGAUUAUCAAGGUCUGCUGGAAGGUGUCUCUAAAAUUGCACUGGAGAACCUAGGCAUUUCUAGAGAGGUAUUCUCUUUCCUCCAGCAUGAUCAGAGGAAGUUGACUAUAUAGUCACACUGAAGGAACUAGAGAUUCCUUAAUAAUAUUUUUUGUCAAAUCCAUGAAUAAUCCACACAAAUCAAGCCUGAAAAUAUGGAAGGCUGACUAUAUUUUAUUUUUAACAUAACCUGUCCAAAGGCUGGUUAACUGGUAAUUUAUUGGAUGUGGCCAAAUUAAGGCUACAGUUCUAUAUAUGUAAUCUAGAAAGGAAGUUUAUCAAGUGGAAGAAGUUCUGCAUUCACUGUGGAAAGCCUCAAGUUUAAAUUUCACUUAAUAGGACUUGGACUUAAGUCCAAGUAUUACAUUCACUUCUAUGUGAAGUAUUACAUUAAGUUCUUGAAUAGAGACAGAGGGUCCUUCCACACAGUCAUAUAACCCAGAAUAUCAAGGCAGAAAAUUCCACAAUAUCUGCUUUGAAGUGGGUUGUCUGAGUCCACAGUGCCAUAUAUUCCAGUUCAAAGCAGAAAAGGUAGGAUUUUAUUCAGCUGUGUGGAAGGGGCCAGAGCCUCGGAUUGAUCUAUUGCCCUGUUUAAGCAGUCUGGAUCUACACUGCCCUACAUCCCAGGAUUAUAUGCUUGAAUUGGAUUAUAUGAGUCUACACUGCCAGAUAAUCUGGGACAAGCAGAUAAUUUGGGAUCAAAUCCUAGGAUAUAAGGUAGUGUAGAUCCAGCUGCAAUUGCAUGUGGUUAUGUCGCAAGAAGCAUAGUUACCCCCUCCCCUGCAAAAAAAUAAAAAUAAAAAAUCAAUUUCCAAAGAAACAUUCCCUUCUGUUGGGGUAAAAAAGAAGAAUGUUUCUUAAAAUGAUGCAUUUUGUUCAGAACUUUUUGAUUUCCCAAUUCAUGAGCAAAUUAAAAAUGUUAAUGAUUAACUGAUUAGUUAGCUUUAAUUUGGAAUUUAAAUUUUCAUCUACAUUCGAAAAAGUGGAUUGAAAUCUAUAAAAUCUCUUGCUGACAUAAGUCUUAGGCCUCUUCUGCACUGCCAUAUACAAUCCAGACUAUCUGCUUUGAAUUAGAUUAUAUGGCAGUGUAGACUCAUAUAAUCCAUUUCAAAGCAGAUAAUGUGAAUUGCCUGCUUUGAUGUUGUGGAUUGUUAUGGCAGUGUAGAAGGGGCCUCAGUUGAAGUGGUAGCAACUUUAGCACCGAAGGCCUGAUUAUGAAUGUGUUGUGUUUUUAAAAAUCUAAAAUUAGACCCCUUUUGUUAAACUGCAAGGCAUAAGUUUGCACUGGUCAAGAAAACUUGUAUACCCAGUUCUGAGCACUUUGAUUUGGAAUGGAAUACAACUGAUUUUGGUACUAAUGAAACUUCCUUUCGAGGUUACAUAUUGAAGUUUGCAAUCUGAUGACAGUUAUAAAUGCAAUAUUGCUUAAACAGAAGUUUGUAAUCCCUCUUUCCCCCUUCUUGACUCUUUAAAAAGACAAAGCAACAAUGCUAAACAUGAGGAUGUGUUGCGUGUCUGUGUGUUUCUGGGAACAUUUCACCCUUUCUCCUACCAAGCAAGUCCCGUGAAAACUGCCUCCCUCAUCCAGAUCCCAGAGAAGAUAAGCCCUUGGAUACUGAUUGUCUGCUUUGAACUGGAUCAUAAGGCAAUGUAGAGAUAUAAUCCAGUUCAAAGCAGUUAAUGGGGAUUAUCUGAUUUGAUAAUCUGGAUGACAUGGCAAUGUAGAAGGGGCCUGAGGCUGGCUCUAUACUGCCAAAUAAUGCAGUUUGAACUGCAUUAUAUGGUCAGCGUAGACCAGUGCUUCUCAACCUCAGGUGUUUUGGCCUACAACUCCCAGAAAUCCCAGCUAGUUUAACAGCUGUUAGGAUUUCUGGGAGUUGAAGGCCAAAACAUCUGGAGACCCAUAGGUUGAGAACCACUGGCCCUAGACCCAUACCAUGCAGUUCAAUGUAGUGAAAAUGUAUUAUAUGACAUAAUAUGUAUACUAUGAAAAUGUAUUAUAUUACAGUGGAUCUACAGUGCCAUAUAAAAUCCGAAUUAUCUGCUUUGAACCGGAUUAUAUGGCAGUGUAGACUCGUAUAAUCCAGUACAAACCAUAUAAUCUGGAUUAUCUUCAUUGAUAAUCUGUAUUAUAUAACACUAUAGAUCCAGCCAAAGUCUACACUGCCAUAUAAUCCAGUUCAAAGCACACAAUCUGGAUUUUAUAUGGCAGUGUAGAAGGCAUCUCAAGGGCCCCUCCAUAAACUAGUUCUCUUCUGUUAAACCAUGAUAAUAGCAACCUCUACCCACUUCAAGAGGUGAGGGAAUUACUUUCAACAAUAGACAUAGCUUUAAAAAAUAUACCACCAGUAUUGAAUGCUCCCUUUUAAAGAGAAGGCUCUGAUUCAAAUCUGUCUACCCCACUUAACAUUUCAGUACCUGCAAAUGAUAGUUAUGCUUUAAUUGCACUGAUGGAUACUUUUGGCCCUGUUUAUGAAAUACGUUCCUGGUUCGGAUGAAAUGUGUCAAUCCUAUUAUCAUGUUUUCAAGAAUGCCUAAAACAGGGAAGUUGGGGCCCUUCCACACAGCCAUAUAACCCAGAAUAUCAAGGCAGAUAAUCCAUGAUAUCCGCUUUGAACUAGGUUAUCUGAAUCCACACUGCCAUAUAUUCCAGUUCAAUAUGGAUUUUGUACAGCUGUGUGGAAGGGGCUUGGACGUCUCCAGAAGCCUUUGCCGUUUCAGGCAAAGUCAUUUCCCCAAUGGUUUUAAAAAAACAAGCCCUGGAGGACUGAGCAAGGCUUUUAAAAAGAUCAAUAACAAAAUGAGUAUCUCCUUUUUAGAAAAAAUAUGCCCAAAUCCUUCUUUAAUACAAAACCGAGCCCACCCCUUCGCCCCUUGAAUCGACUUUCCAGGAAAUGAGGCAGGGAGGCAUUCAAGGAGGAGUUUGUAUAUAUUUAUUUAUGCUUAAUUUAAACGGGAUUGUGUAAAUAUGGCGAGCAAGUAGUUUCGGGGUUAUUUAUCUGUGACUAUACCUCCGUGAAUGGGUGGGGAGUUUAAAACCAACGAGAAAAAAAGAUCAAAAAGACAAAAAAAAUAUACAAAGGCUUGACUCUAGAUAGUAUCCAAUCUGAUUCUUUCUUCUUCUUUCCCCCCCGUUCUUUAUAGACAAGCUGUUAUGGUAAUGGGUAGAAAUUGGUUUCUUGUUCAGUGAUGACCUGAUUUACAUAAAUAAUAACAAUAAAAAGAUUGUUGUGUUUUGUUGUA